AUGUCAACAAGCAACGGCAACCCACCCAUCACCCUUCGCAUCCCAUCCAAAUAUGCCUCCUCAUCCUCCUCCCCAUCAACCUCCUCACCCCCACCCCUAGACUGGCUCCACCGCACCUGGACAGUAACCCACUCCACCCUCUCAAUGUGGCGCACAGCACGCAAUGUCCGCAUAACCUACACCCCGCUCCCCGCCACCGGCGACAAAGACACGAGUCGGGCCCGCGUCGACGACCUGGUGCAGUACGAAAAGACCUCAGGCAAGGGCGGCGUGAAAACCGUCUCGGGCGUCGACACAGCCUCCACGCCCGGCGACACAGCCACCUGGGACUGGCGCGGCAAGGGGCUGCUCGGCUUCGUCACGAGCCACUGGGAGGUGCUGGGUUGGGGGGAGCGCGACGUCGAGGGCGGCAAGGAGAGGUGGGCUGUCACUUGGUUUGCGCCCACGCUAUUCACCAAGGAGGGCGUGGACCUGUACAGUGACCGCAAGGAGGGCAUGAGCCCUGCGCUCGCGGGUGAAAUCCUAGCUGCGCUCAAAGGACUAGACGCUGGUCCGCUUGUGAAGAUGGUCGAGGCGGAUAUGAAGGAGGUUGAGGUUCGGGUGCCUUGGUUGGAGGGUUAG